UCUUCAAAUCCAACAUGGCGGCGGUUUUUAUAGCCAAGCGAGCUACUUCGCUCCUUCGAAGAUGUAUUUUACCAGUUGGAGAAGGGUUUGUAUCAGUCAGAGCUCUCUCGGUUACCAGCGGCAAAAGAAAGGAAGAAAGUUUUUUCUCCACCCUUUUUGGCUCAGAAGUUGAAAAGCCAACAGAUGCGCACUCGAAAGUUUUGACUGAGAAGGAAACUCUCUAUGAGUUUGAAUUUAAUGAUGUAAAGCCGGAAUGUAUCGAAGACUAUGUGGGUCUGGUAUCAGAAUUUUUACCAAAAAUUAGUGAAGAUGAUCAGUUUCCUGGUGAGUUGGUGGGAGCCUGGACAACCAUGUUUGGAAGACUUGAUCAAGCAAUUCAUUUUUGGAAAUAUAGAGGUGGAUACAACUCAGUGGUGAAAGCUAAGCAGUAUGUCAGAGAAAACAAGGAGUAUCUUGAGUUUGCAAGAAAGAGACGAACCAUGUUGAAUAACAGGGAAACUCAGCUUCUCCAUGAAUUCGCCUUUUUCGGUGAACCAGAAGCACGGGCGCCAAGCCAUAUUUAUGAACUGAGAACAUAUCAUCUUAAGCCUGGUACCCUAAUUGAGUGGGGAAACAAUUGGGGUCAAGCCAUUCAGAUCCGUCAACAAGAAGAUGAUGCUGUAGCUGGUUUAUUUUCCCAGAUAGGAGAACUUUAUGUUGUUCAUCACAUUUGGGCUUAUGAAGACCUUGCCACCAGGCAGAAGAUAAGGCAAAAUAUGUGGAACCAGCCUGGAUGGGACACAUGUGUUGCUAACACUGUCCCACUAAUUCGUCGAAUGGAAUCAAGAAUAAUGAUCCCAUUACCAUUUGGACCUCUCCAGUAAAUGUACCAAAGUUUUUACGAUACUUGUUGGCAACAUCACUACUAUAAUACCAGAUGUACCUGUGAUUUUGUCCUGUGUUAUUCAUCCUUUGACUCUCUGUGUCAAUCAUUGUAUAGAUUUUCCUUACUGCUCCAGUCAACUGGCAUGCAGAUAAGUGCUGAGAAGUCUACAAUUAUCAACUAAAGGGGUAUUUUCUGGAUAUGAUACCAAAUUCUGAGAACAAACCAAAAGGAAACAGAUGAAUGUACUGAUACCAGUUUAGAGAAACUACUUUCAGAUCUUGGGGAGUAAAUGGUUUGCUUCAGAACCCAUUUUGAUUUUAUCUCUGCACGGUGGAAUUGCUAUAAAAAUUUAUGCCAACUGCCGUUUGAGAUUCUAAAGAGUUACCUAACCAACUCAAAUUUUACCAUAGAUGCUGCCAUUUUGAAAACAGCACAGGAUCAUGACCACUCAUAAAAUCACAGUUAAUAACAUUUCCUUUAUACUUUUUAUAUGGCAGAGACAAAAAUCAUAUGGUUUCUAGAGAAUGCUUCUCUUUUUAGCCGGUGAAAACAAGGACAAGUCUGCAUAGAGGAGCAUAGCUCAAAGAUAAAUGAGCAAUCUUUGGCCACAUGAUGGCUCUUCCUAUAACCCACUAAAUUGGGGUAUCUAUUUGAUCAACAAUUCCUCCUUCUUGAUGGCCCCCAUAAUUCUCACUAAUUUUAGUAUUAGAUUGUGUUUUGAUUUUUGUUAGGCGAAUUUAGUGGUUACUUAAAUUUGCCUGUUAUAUCCUAGUAAGAUGUCGAUUGUAAACAUGAUUAUGUGAACAGAAUUGCCCUCAAAGAUCUCAGAUGGUUAUCUUAUGAAUCAUUCUGAUACUCACAGCUGUGAGGUUCUCAGGUUUAAGGGAUUUGUGUGUACUAGGUUAAUGCUAGAUUUAAGAAGCACAGCUAGUCUACAUAGGGUAAUGUUUUUUUCUUAUCAAAAUUAUACCUUUGAAUAAUUACCACAUGAGCAAUUAUUUUUCUAAAGUUCAAUCUGGCAUUUUAUUUAAAACAUUUGUUUCUGUUACAACGUGGAAGUAUGCUAUUGGUAUCAUCAAAUGUUCCAUUCCACUUUCUUCCAUAUUUAUGUGAUUUUAUUUUCUUGGGUGGGGCUGUUCUAGAGGUUUACGGUGCAUGAACUGAUAGCGGGGCCAUUCAGACUAUGAAAAUAAAUCAGAGAGCAGAACUGAAAUAGUAGAUACCAACUAGUUCAAAUCCAGCUGAUUAGAUAUUGAAUACAAAACAACGAAAUCUUGACUUGUUCAUAUUGACAAGUGAUUUUCUCAUGAAUAUUGUGUCAAUUGAAUGUUAAAAAUGAAAUUGUUGGUCUUUUUGUUCUUUCGCAUGCUUCGGGUUGUAAUAGUAUUAAGUUUAAUUUCCUCGGUGAUUAUAGACGUGUGUGCUCUGAUUGGUUGAGGAUGGAAUCAUUUCUCGCUACAAUCGCCUCGCGUGAGGUGAUAAGAGCAGGGUCGCUAAAUUUCAAACCUCACGUUUUGUAAAUGUUACGCAAGAAGUCAUAGACACGAUGGAAAAAAAAAAAUUCUGAAGAGCCAAAAAGAUGCCAAAGUUUGGCGGAACACUUCUCAAAAGAAGGAUAUUUUAAAAGUUUUUGCUGAUUGAAUUGAAUAAACCUGUUAAAUUUUUUAGUAGAAACUGGCUGCUUACCUGGGGCUCGAUACGAUGAACCAAAGUCAUUUUAGCAGAAUGGUAUCGACAACAAAACGAAUUUACAUCAGUAUUCAAAAGCACCAAAGCAACUAUACUUAACAAUUAUUCGGCUCAGGCUUGGAGAAUAUUGGGUUUUUGUCAGAAUGGCCGAUCUCUCAGUUGAUUCACGUUCAAAAUGUCUGUGUCAGUUGCUGGACUGUUUUGGCGUUGUAACAGUGGCAUGUGCUUGUAAACCGUUUUUCAGUGAAGCUUUUGAAGAACUGGGGUUCAGAGUGUUAAGUGAGGUGUAUUGUAAAGACAAUAAAUUAUCAGGAAAAGUUUGUUAUACAA